CUCUCUUCCAAUUCUUCUCGUGCUAUAUCUUCAUUCUCUUUCAAGGUAUAUAUUAUCAUUGUCUGCCGUGGUGGAUACACUCUGGUCUAUACUUUUGCCCCCGUUGCUGGCUUUCAACCCCCUCUUACCCCUCCGUCGUUCCCCGGUCGAUCCAUCCAGUCUCCCGCUAAUUUGCUAUACCUUCCGCUCAUACAUAUAUCUCGCAUGAUGGUCAGGCGUUUCUUUAGGCCUUGACUGCUUUAGCUCCACUUCACAUUGACUCGUGAUGACUUUGACUGUCACGCCUUCUCUCCUGCCUAUUCUGCUGCUUGUUUGCGCCUCGUGUCCUGACACUGCCUGUUAACACGAACCCUUGGGCCCUCUCCGGUAUCGCGCGGGUGAACUGAGGCGUUGUUAUAUAUACACUACGCAGACAGGCCUGCUGAGGCAUGCAUAAGUCUCUCAUACUUAAAUCAACAGUGCUUUGCUAGUAUGACUUCCAGCGUUGAUCAGCAGAUGUCGCAGCAACAUCCUCAUUGUCCCGGCGAUUACCCCUCGGAUACCGAAAACCAAGGCGAGGCCUUAGACAGCUCUUUUGAUCCGUCCUCCCUUCCUCACGCUGUCAAGGCGCGACGGGCGGAGUAUACCCGUCAUCAAUCCAUCCAUGUGAAGGUUGGAACUUGGAAUGUAGCUGCCAUCUCCGGUACCGAGGAAGAUAUCGGGAAAUGGUUUGUACAGCAGAAGGGGGUAUGCGACCAGUUCUCUGAGUUGCAUGUUUCCAAAUAUCCUGAGGUUUCGGGAUCGAACCCCACUACUUCGAGGGGCACGGCUUCACUUCCUGAGCUUCGCCCCGAUCAAAUCGGCCUUUACGUGCUGGGCCUGCAAGAGAUCGUCGAUGUCUCGUCACCUGCCGAGGCGUUCAGGCCCUAUGUGGACCCAGCCCCGGCAAACAGAUGGAAGGCUGCGGUGGGAAAAGCGCUGCCCACUGGAUAUAAGCUGGUCGCGGAGGUCCAGCUUGUAGGACUGCUACAGUUGAUUUACGCUUCUCCAUCUAUUGCCGAUAGCGUCUCCGCAGUCAGCUGCACUAAUGUAGGCACAGGUUUGUUGGGUUACAUGGGUAACAAGGGUGCCGUCGCAACACGCGUCCUACUUGGUGAGACCACUUGCAUCAUAUUUGUCAAUUGCCAUUUGGCGGCUGGGUCAGACAAGACAAGCUUGGAUCGCCGAAACUGGGAUGCCUCACAAAUCGUCGGUCGUACGAAAUUUGAUCCAAUUAACCCCGACCAGACACUUCGGAACGGUCCUUCCGAAAGUAUAGGGGAUGAAGACUUUGCAUUCUGGUUCGGGGAUUUUAACUAUCGCCUCGAAGAUAUAUCGGGGGACGACGUGCGACAAGUUCUUUCUAGACAUGCAGAGAAUGAGUAUGACAAGAGGAACCAGGGUUCUGCUAUAUCAGAUGGUCCCUCAUCAACACGCGGCAGUGAAGACCGAAGGCAAGAUAUAUCGACUUCUCAAAACGAGGACCAGGAGCACAUCCAAGAGCCCUAUUCCGAUGAAGAACUAGAUCCGCACCUGGAUCCGGCUUCUCUUCAAACCACAAUAUCAUCAUUAUUUCCCCAUGACCAGUUGCGAAUGCAGCAGAAUAAACAGAAAGCUUUCCAUGAAGGCUGGCGCGAAGGACUCAUCUCGUUCCUACCCACCUACAAGUACGACGUUGGCAGUGUGGCCAGGUUCGAUUCGAGCGAAAAGCAGAGAGGGCCGAGUUGGUGCGAUCGCAUCCUCUACAGAUCACGCCAGGAUAAACUAAGGCACGAGUGUUUGGCCAAGGAAGCCGAAGAAGCUAGAAAACGAGACGAAGAAAUGAAGGCGCGAGGCCUUGAGAGUGCUGCCGCCGAUGAUAAUGUGCUAUUUGACUACGAUCCGGACGUUGAUGGAGUAGACAGUGGCGAUGAAUAUGAUCCGAACAAGGAUCAAUCCAGCGAUAACGACUCGCCCGAUAUAUCACCCGAAGCGGACGGCCCAAUUCAGCUGGACUAUUAUGUAUCCUACCAGGGGAUUCUAUCCUCCGACCAUAAGCCAUUGGUCGCGGGGUUUACGUUGCAGUUUGAUUGCGUAGAUCCAGAACUGAAAGCAAAUGUGCACCAGGAAGUCGUCCGAGAAUUAGAUAAAGCCGAGAACGAAUCUCGGCCUGGAUUGACCCUCGUCGUGGAUAGGUCCGGCCAUGGGCCGGUUGACGACGAGUCAGAUGUCGAUCCAAAUGCAGUCAAUUUUGGCGAUAUUUCUUUUGAUGUCCCUGUCAGUCGGUCUUUAACCGUGGCGAACACGAGUAGCGUACCUGCGACAUUUUCUUUUCACAAACCUGAACGCUAUAAUGACAACACGCCACCCUGGCUUGACUUCAAAAUUGAGCUGACACACCACGAAGACUCGAAGGAACAAAAACCUUCAAGUGAGCAUACACUAUUGCCUGGAGAGCUUGCCCACAUUGUUAUUACGAUCUGGGUUCGAGAUGUCGGGCUGGUUCGUCUCUUGAAUAGUUGGCAACUGAAGCUUGAAGAAAUCUUGGUUCUUCGAGUAACAAGUGGUCGAGAUCAUUUCAUUUCCGCGUAUGGAACAUGGCUGCCAACUUCUUUUGGUCGCGAUUUGGAGGGACUCACUCUCUUACCUGAAGCAGGCGCGCGCAGUUUAGCAAGUGGGAGCUCAUCAGAGCAGCAAAAGGAUACCCCUGGAGUUCCUUUGUCAGCGCCCCGAGAGCUUUUCAGGUUAACAGAAGCAAUAUCGGAGCUGACAGAACGUGCCGUUGCCGAGUGGGGCAUGGUACAAGGUGAGUCUGAGGAAAAACCUCCGUGGGAGAGAGAGCCAUACGGAUACGCGUGGCCAUUUGAACCCGAGACAUGGACAUUAAAAGAUGCAGAAGAGCGCGCAUCGCUCUCGGCCUCGGUCCGGGAAGCCUUGGAUAGCAAUAAACCUUUUAGCGAUGUGUUUGCGCCUGAAGUAUCCUCCCUACAUCGCCUUGAAAUCCUUAGCGAAACGCUUGUGCUGUUUCUACGAUAUCUGAAAGAUGGAGUUGUGUCGGCGGCUGUUUGGCAGAACCUGGAUCAGCAAAUCCAGGCUCGGGAGAAAACCAAGCAACCGCCCCGUUCUUGGGAGGACUCGCAAGCUUGGGUGCUAGAAAGUCUCGCAUACUCACCCGCUCAUAGCGUCUCUUUCACCUUUGUAACCUUCAUGCUUGCACGAAUCGCCAACGAAGUCGCCCCUGUGUCUUCCAUGCCCCCACGAGGCUCCUCGGGGUCUGUAACCGAGGAUAACACUCCCUCCCAAUCUACAGACGGUUCAGUAAUAACUCCAACUCCAACUCAAGCAUCCGCAGUGUCAUUCAUCUCGGGUGGAGGUUUUCUACGAAAAACGAAUACUUUCCCACCUCCAACCCCGCCAGAUCCUGCCAUCACGUCAAUGGCGAAACGACGACAAGCCGUGGAGACUGCUUUAGCUACGGUGUUUUCCACCGUCCUUAUUUCCCCCGACGUUCCAGUUCCCAGCAAAGACAAAGAAAAACGGGCCUUGGAAGAAAGAAAGCGAAGCAUCAUCGAGCCGUUCCUCAAGGCAAUUGGAGUAGAUAAUAAUGGGCCAUCAGGUGGUGCUACAUGAGUUCUGGUUUCCUUUUCGAUCCCCUUUGGGUUCAAGUCUCGGUUUAUGUCGCUAUCGUGACGUAUAGAAUUGGACUUUUUUUUUUUUGUAUUGUAUGUAUGUACACUUGCUGUAUAACCCUUGUUUAUUUUCACGAUAUAUCCUAGCCAGGUGCUUGAACAGUCGAUAAAAGCGACACACGACUGGGUGAAAGAGAGAGAUGUAUCAGGUAUAUAUGUUAAUUCUAGUAGUAAAAGAGCGGUCUCUAGUUAUCUAGAGACUAAAACCACAUAAAUACUGACUA